AUGAAACUCAAUUUUCUUAUCUCUUUCCUUUACAUUGCGACGAGUGCGCUUUGUACGUCCUCAGACCCUGAUAAGUACGAGAAAUACAGAUCAGUCUCUCGUGUCGCGCCGAUUGAAUUGACAGACGUUACAUAUGAUGAUUUGACCUCAAAGCCUCGUGACUUUCACGUCGCGGUUCUUCUGACAGCUACUGACGCUCGCUAUGGUUGCGUCCUAUGUCGCGAGUUCCAAUCCGAGUGGGACCUCAUUGCACGAAGUUGGAAUAAGGGCUCUAAGUCAGACGAUCUUAAACUGCUCCUCGCUACUCUGGAUUUCAGUAAUGGCAAGGAGACCUUCCAGAAGCUGAUGCUUCAAACUGCGCCUGUCCUUCUCUUGCAUCCUCCCACUGUCGGCCCCUUUGCCAAGGUUGACAAUGCACCCGUAAGAUUCGACUUCACUGGCCCAAUAUCUGCCGACCAACUCUACACAUGGAUCAGCCGACAUCUCCCGGAAGGCUCAAAACCACCUCUCAUCCGCCCCAUCAAUUACAUGCGAAUUAUCUCUGCAAUCACCAUCCUUAUGGGCGUGAUAACUUUGUUCACGGUUUUGUCUCCGUACGCCUUGCCGAUCAUAAGGAACCGAAAUCUCUGGGCCGGCUUUAGCCUGAUUGCUAUCUUGCUGUUCACCAGUGGCCACAUGUUCAAUCAUAUCCGCAAAGUACCUUAUGUUGUAGGUGAUGGCAAGGGAGGCAUUAGCUAUUUUGCUGGUGGAUUCUCUAACCAGUUCGGCAUGGAAACCCAGAUUGUCGCUGCCAUUUACGCUGUUCUAUCCUUUGCAGCGAUUGCUCUUUCCAUGAAGGUCCCUCGCAUGGCGGACAAGAAGGCACAGCAACUGGCCGUCGUAAUCUGGGCAGGCGUACUGCUCUGUAUGUACAGCUUCCUCCUCAACGUCUUCAAGACGAAGAAUGGCGGAUAUCCUUUCUAUCUCCCUCCUUUUUAA